AGCUCGCAAUACCCCAUUGAAGGUCCUAGCAUAGGAGCUCCUGCCUGGUUCUCUUACUUCCAGCCCCGGAGCCGCCCCCCCAACAAAACACACAUUCUCUUGACUUCUCUUAUCUACUUCCCCAAAAUACUUUGUCCUCUCCUUCCAAGCUACUUCUUCUUUCCUUGUAGAUUUCACUUUCAAUCAGCUCUGGCAUUUCCCUCUUCUCCAAGCAUUAUUAUUCUUUUCUCUUUUUGUAGAAUCUCACUUUAUUUUCAAAACCCAACAACCCGAACAUAAACCAAAAAAAAAAAUGUUUCCUCUUCUUCUCUUUGAGGUUAGGAUUAGGGCUUCACUUUGAUCUACAAAUUUACCAAAAUGUGUCCAGUUACAGAAGAUGGAGUUCAAUACUCAUUUGCACUUGAAUACACCGGACCCCCAGUGGGCUACGACAUCCCACGCGCCGUCCCAAUCAACGUCAACAGCAUCCCUGUUGCCGCCGUAGCUCCCCACAUUAAUUUCCAACAAAAUAUCACUUUACCUGUAGUAAAACCUCUGUUACCCGCCUCUGAUCCCAUUAAAAACCCAAAAUCUGCUAAUACCGGUGAAAACCCAGGUAAGGAUUGUGGAUCUGAAGAGGCAGCUAUAACUGUAUCACCAACUUCCGUUAUAGAGAGAGCUGUAGAUCAUAAUUUGCAAGAACGUGUUUUUUCUAGCGAGUUAAGUAGUUCAGGUUUAUCUAAUGAUGCUGGUACAAGUUCAAGUACUAAUAGUUUUGAUGACAAAUCGCGUGAUGAAAGUUUGCUAAAGUUGAGGGUUUCUAAUGAAUUGUCUUCGAAUCGAGAUUGGGAGUCAAAUGAAUCUGUUUUAAGUAGUGUUGAUGUUGAUGAUGAGUAUCCGUCUUCGCGUGUUUCUAGUGUUAAGGUUUCAAAUAAUGAGGUGAAUGGUGAGGGUAGAAAAGCCCCAGCUGUUACUUUUCGCGAUAUUGAAUCGAAUGAUGGUGGCGGUGAUAUUGAUGGUGAAUUUGGUGGCAACGAGGGGUUUUCCGAAGAGGAGGAGAGGGUUCUACGGAUUAAACCAGAGGCCAGAAGUAAAGGGAAGAAAGGGAGUUGUUAUAGGUGUUUUAAAGGGAGUAGGUUCACGGAGAAGGAAGUUUGUCUUGUUUGCGAUGCGAAGUAUUGUAUCAAUUGUGUGCUUAGAGCGAUGGGAUCGAUGCCAGAAGGGAGAAAAUGUGUUACUUGUAUUGGAUUUCCAAUUGAUGAAUCAAAGCGUGGGAGCUUAGGAAAGUGUUCGAGGAUGCUCAAGAGGCUGUUGAAUAAUUUGGAGGUUAGACAGAUAAUGAAGGCAGAGGAGUUGUGCGAAGCAAAUCAGUUGCCUCCGGAGUAUGUUUAUGUGAAUGGAGAACCUCUUUGUCAUGAGGAGUUAGUUGUUUUGCAGACUUGUUCGAACCCGCCUAAGAAAAUGAAUCCUGGAAACUAUUGGUAUGAUAAAGUGUCCGGUCUUUGGGGAAAGGUAGGGCAAAAGCCUUCCCAGAUUAUAAGUCCUCAUUUGAAUGUUGGGGGUCCAAUUAAGGCAAAUGCUAGCAAUGGAAACACACAGGUUUUCAUGAAUGGCCGGGAGAUCACAAAAGUUGAGCUUAGGAUGUUGCAGCUGGCAGGAGUUCAAUGCGCUGGCAACCCGCAUUUUUGGGUGAAUGAGGAUGGAUCAUACCAAGAAGAGGGACAGAAGAACACUAAAGGUUACAUUUGGGGCAAGGCGGGAAUGAAACUUGUUUGUGCUUUCUUAUCACUACCUGUUCCUUCAAAACCUUCGAAUUCUUGUGGAGAGCAAGUUAACAGUCUGAUUAGCAGAAGCAUCCCAGACUACCUUGAGCAGAGAACACUUCUGAAGCUUCUUUUAGUUGGAUCUAGUGGCUCUGGAACAAGUACUAUCUUUAAGCAGGCAAAGAUUCUUUAUAAACCUGUCCCUUUCACUGAAGAUGAGCGUGAAAACAUUAAAUUGACAAUCCAGAGUAAUGUGUAUGGUUAUCUUGGUAUACUUCUUGAGGGCCGUGAUCAAUUUGAAGAGGAAAGUUUAACUGCAGUGACAAAAGAGCAAUCUACUGAUGAAACAGAACAUAUUGGGAGUACAAGUAACACGAAGCACCAAACUAUAUACUCAAUUGGUCCAAGGCUUAAAGCAUUCUCGGAUUGGCUUCUGAAGACUAUGGUAUCUGGGAAUUUGGAAGCAAUUUUUCCUGCUGCUACUCGCGAAUAUGCGCCACUAGUUGAAGAGUUGUUGAAGGAUGAAGCCAUGCAGGCCACUUAUAAGCGGAGAAAUGAGUUGGAAAUGCUACCCAGUGUGUCAAGUUAUUUCCUGGAGCGGGCUGUUGAUAUAUUGAGAACAGACUAUGAGCCCUCAGAUUUGGAUAUCCUAUACGCUGAGGGUGUUACUUCAUCAAAUGGGCUUGCUUGCUUGGAUUUCUCAUAUCCCCAAUCAGCAUCUGACGAUAAAUAUGACACUGAAGACCAGCAUGAUGCUUUGCUUAGGUACCAACUAAUUAGUGUACAUUCACGGGGGCUUGGAGAGAACUGCAAGUGGCUAGAGAUGUUUGAAGAUGUUGGGAUGGUCAUGUUCUGUGUUGCCAUGAAUGACUAUGAUCAGUUUACAGUUGAUGGGAAUGGCUUGUCUACUAACAAGAUGUUGCUGAGCAGGAAAUUCUUUGAGAGCAUUGUUACUCAUCCAACAUUUGAGCAGAUGGAUUUUCUUUUGAUACUAAAUAAAUUUGAUCUGUUUGAGGAGAAAAUUGAGCGAGUACCGUUGACUCAAUGUGAAUGGUUUGAUGAUUUCCAUCCAGUGAUCAGUCGCCAUCGCUCCAACAGCAACAGCAACAGCAUCAAUACUAGCCCCUCACUUGGUCAGCUGGGUGCCCACUAUAUGGCAGUUAAGUUCAAGAGGCUUUACUCUCUACUCACCGGAAGGAAGUUGUAUACUUCUGUGGUCAAGGGACUCGAACCUGAUAGUGUUGACGCGGCUCUUAAAUAUGCGAGGGAGAUUAUGAAGUGGGGUGAAGAAAAACCCAACUUCAGUCUCAGUGAGUAUUCAAUGUAUAGCACCGAGGCAAGCUCCUAUUCCCCCUGAUGAAUAAAGUAAGAAACGCUUUGUAUAUGGAUCCUAGCUCUUAACAGCAGUUCUCAUUGCCACUGUACAUAUAAUGGCAUGUAAAUUAGCGGGAGAAGAAGCUCUUCAUGCGAGAGCUGUUGCAGCUGGAAGAUUGUCAAGCCGGCCUUGUAGGUUCAUCUCAAAAAAAUUAUUUACAAUAUAAGACUACUAUCAUAGAAAUUAGGAUGAAACAUUAGCUCUCCUCGACGCUCUGUGAAGGAACCGCUUGAUGUUGUUUUUGUACCUUGCGUGUAGUUCUGUCCCCAUCUGAACAGCGUUCGAAUAUUCAUUUGCAAUAUAAGAUGAUAUCAUCAGAUCUUCUAAA